AUGCCCAGUGAUAGUGAGGAAGAAGAUACAGUGGUGAAGAUUGAGAAUGUACUACAGGAAAUUGAUGAGGAGGACUGGAUUACCAUGGGUGGGAUCGAUGAUAGAUCUACUUGUACAUUUACAAGGGGAUAUGUAAAACGACAGGCGCUUUACACUUGUCAUACAUGCUUAAACAUUAACCAAAUAAAAGCUGCAAUUUGCUUUCCUUGUGCAAUUGUGUGUCAUUCUGACCAUGACAUAGUUGAAUUGUACACCAAACGCUAUUUCAGAUGUGACUGUGGCAACUCUAAAUUUGCUGGUGUUUGUAAUUGCUUAUUGUGGGAGGAGAAGGACGAUGAAAAUGAUUUAAACCAGUACAAUGACAAUUUUUCUAACCAAUACUGCACGUGCCAACGUCCGUAUCCAGACCCUGACUAUGACGGUGUUGAAGAGAUGAUUCAAUGUGGCAUAUGUGAAAACUGGUUUCAUUUGGAGCAUCUCAACAUGGAUAAAGGAUUUCAGCCACCCGAGGAUUAUAACGAGAUGACCUGUUUUAUGUGCAUUAAAAAGUACGCGUUUCUAUUUAUGCAUGCAUAUGACACCGAGGAGACGUUUCGGCAAUCUUGUCAUUCAGCUACUUGUACAAAGAAUAACAGCUUGGCUGAGGUUAUUUAUACUCCAGAUUCUAAAAAGUUGAAGAAAACUGGAAAUGAAGCUACGACACAUCCGGAAGACGAUUGUCGUUUGUUCCCAUGGGCUAGCAAGAUGAAAAAACACGCGCCUGAGUUCCGCUGUUCGUCCCUUGAUAGCUUGGACAACCUUGAUCCUAAUUUAGUACCAUCAGUGUUUUGGAUCUCUGAUUGGAGAAGCUUCCUCUGCCGAUGCGAAGACUGUAAGAAAAUGUACAAGCAUUUUAAAGUAGAAUUUCUAUUGGAUCCUGAAGACUCAGUAUCUCAUUACAUGCAGCUGGGAAAACAAAGGACUAAAUCGAUCAACGAAGAAGAAAAACGCACACUAAAUGAGGCUCUUGCAGAGUUGCCACAUCCUGUAGCAGUAAAUUUUGCAACAGGGUUUGUACGACUAAAAGAAGCUCUGGAGGAAUUUUUCACAAAGAAGAGAGACAAAAACCACAUUGUAACAGAGUCGGAAGUAAAAGCUUUUUUCGAAGACUUUCGUAAGCGCAGUCAAUCGUAA